GAAGUUUGAAAGGCUCACACCAUCUUACCUUUGCAGCCACUUCCCCUGUGAGACAUUAAAUUGGGGGCUGGGUCCAUGAACCAUUAGGGGAACAGAGUCCCCCUCCAGAACAAACCUUGCUCAUUCUCUCUGGCCCCCAGGUGCUGGGCAGAGAGCAGGGUCCUCAGGGGCUGCUGCAUGGGAGCUGGUUGGGCUCUACCCAGCGCACCUGCCAGGCAGCCGGGCACUUCCCUGGGCCGCACCUGCCUGGCCUGGUGUCUGCCUUUUGCCCGCCCUCCCCCGCCACCUGGCCCAGGGCGUGCUGCCUGGUCCUCCGCCCUGGCCCUGGCAUGUGGGAAGUCCCCAGUCACCUGGCAGCUGCUGCCUGAGGCCAGGAGGGCAGGGAGCAGCACCUGGAAGAUGAACCUGAAGGCUGCCGGCGCCCUGAGAGCCGUGCUCUUCAUCUUCGCCUCCGUGUGCGCCUGGUACUCCGGGUACCUGCUGGCACAGCUCGUCCCAGACGUGCCCCUGUCCAGUGCCAUCUACAGCAUCCGGAGCAUCGGGGAGAGGCCCGUCCUCAAAGCCCCGGCCCCCAAGAGGCAAAAAUGCGACCACUGGUCCCCGUGCCCCCCGAACACCUACGCUUACAGGUUGCUCAGCGGCGGGGGCAGGGACAAGUACGCCAAAAUCUGCUUUGAGGAUGAGCUGCUCAUAGGAGAAAAGAUUGGAAAUGUUGGGAGAGGAAUAAAUAUUGCCAUUGUCAAUUAUGUGACUGGGAAAGUGAUAGAAGCGCGGUAUUUUGAUAUGUAUGAAGGAGAUUACUCCGGACCCAUGACCAAGUUCAUUCAGGGCGCGCCUGCGAAGUCCCUGCUCUUCAUGGUGACCCACGAUGAUGGCAGCAGCCGACUGCAGGAGGACGCCAAGAAGACCAUAGAAGCGCUUGGAAGCAAAGAAAUCAGGAACAUACGGUUCAGGUCCAGCUGGGUAUUUCUCACAGCGAAGGGCUUUGAACUUCCUGCAGGAAUCGAGAGAGAGAAGAUCAACCACUCUGAUGCUGCAAAGAACAGAUACCCGGGCUGGCCUGCAGAAAUACAGAUAGACGGCUGUGUACCGAAAGAGCUAAGCUAACAUUGUGCAGACUUAAUAAAUGUGUGUAUUUUUAUAGACAGAUGAAUCAUGGAAUGGCCCACGAAUCUUAUCAAACAGUCAAUAUUUGAUUUUAUGGGUUUUGUCGUCAACCAACCAAUAUUUGCUACGUGCAUGAAAUCUUGGCACACAGUAUUUUUAUGCCAUUAUUCAUACAGUGAAAAUAUUAAUGAGCAGGAAGACUAAAAUGAAUGGAAAUUGUUCAAUGAGGGGGUUUAACCUGGAACGGAGAGCGAUGGGG